UAGAAUGCAAUAAACAUGGCUUCCACCUUGAAAACAGAAAUGAAAGAAGUAUUUCAUGUAUUACCUGAUACAUACAGCGGUGGUCCCCACGGAUUAGGGGAUCCUGAUGACAAAACUCUAAGAAAGGCUGAAAAAGAAAUCAUGAUUCCACAGAAAAUGAAGUUGAAAGCUAAAAAAGAGAGGUGUGCUGAUGAAGUCAGAAAUUUUGGUACAUGUGCAAAAGAAAAUGGACUACUGUUACCUUUUAAAUGUAGAAGUCAAGCUAAGGCCAUGGAAGUUUGCCUUUCCUCUGCUUACAAAGAUCCAGAAUUUGUUGAACUGUGCACACAAGAAUAUUUGCAAGAAAGAUCAGAAUACCGACGGACUGGAAUAAAGACUAAGCAGAGGAAAAAGGAAGAAGCAUGAAUGUAUUUUUUGACUGAGAGGGUUUGAAAGUAUGUUUUUAUUUUCUUGAAUGAUGAAGUAUGUUUUUUUCUCUCUUGAAUGAUAAUUUAGUCUGGACGUGAAUCAUUUUGUCAGAGCUGAAUUAGAGGUGUGAUGCUAUUUUUGUUGUUUGUAUACUAUGAAAUUUUAUUUCAAAAAGAAAAAAAUUCUAAAUCUUGAAAACUCAUUGUUUAGAAAACGUUAAAUUAAGAUUAACAGCUCUAUGUUUACCACUUUGAACAGACAUUACAUUGUGAUAAGUGAAUGCACUUUAUAUUUAUGUAUUUUUUCAUGCAAUAAAAAUCA